AUGGAGGAGGAAGAAGAGGAGGAAGACGACACUUUCGAGGAUGCCGUUUGCAACAAGACACCAGCGAGAGUCACGAACGAUGCCGUGUGCAACAAGAUACCAGCCAGAGUCAACACCCCUUUGUCUAUUAUCACCGAGGCGUUCGAAAAUCUAGCUGAUCAGCUGAAACCGGACAUAACCACCGAAGAAGACGGACUAAAGCUUGAUGCUUUCUGCAAUGCGUGUACUCAUGUCUCUGUCCUCUUCAGCUGCCUCGGAUUCGCCUUCAAAUUCGCUGAGAUGGAGUACAUCUCCAAAGUUAACGAUUUGGUUGAAGCUUCGAAAACAUUGGACACGUUACAGAAUAUUUUGGACCUAGACGUGGAGAAAGAUACGGUGAAAACACCAGGUAGUCGUUCGCGUAAUCUAAGACGCGUGAGACUAGGGUUAGACCUAAUCCGAGCAAUUUUCGAGAAGUUCUUGAUGACAGAUGAGUACUCUUUGAAAGACGCUGCGACAACAGCUUACACGGAAGUAUGCGCACCGUUUCAUACAUGGGCUGUUAGAACCGCGGUUUACGCGGGAAUGUAUACGCUUCCAACGAGGGAUCAGCUUCUGUUACGGCUCAAUGAAACUGAACAAUCUGUUGAGAAGAACAUGAGGAGGUACAUGGAAGCGUCACGACCCAUCAUAGAGUAUAUUGACAAACUUUACAUUGAAAGGAACAUUAAACUCGACUGGUAA